AUGGGGGAACGUCCCCCUGCCCCGGGUCUAGCAAGGUCCAAAAAGGAAACCAAAAGUAGUAGUGUUGGUGAUAAUGGUGGUGGUGGAGGUAUAAGAAGUGGUAUUAGUAGUAGUGUUGGUGAUAAUGGUGGAGGUAUAAGAAGUGGUAUUAGUAGUAGUGUUGGUGAUAAUGGUGGUGGUGGAGGUAUAAGAAGUGGUAUUAGUAGUAGUGGUGAUAAUGGUGGUGGUGGAGGUAUAAGAACUGGUAUUAGUAGUAGUGUUGGUGAUAAUGGUGGUGGUGGAGGUAUAAGAAGUGGUAUUAGUAGUAGUGGUGAUAAUGGUGGUGGUGGAGGUAUAAGAAGUGGUAUUAGUGGUAGUGGUGAUAAUGGUGGUGGUGGAGGUAUAAGAACUGGUAUUAGUAGUAGUGUUGGUGAUAAUGGUGGUGGUGGAGGUAUAAGAAGUGGUAUUAGUAGUAGUGUUGGUGAUAAUGGUGGAGGUGGAGGUAUAAGAAGUGGUAUUGGUAGUAGUGUUGGUGAUAAUGGUGGUGGUGGAGGUAUAAGAAGUGGUAUUGGUAGUAGUGUUGGUGAUAAUGGUGGUGGUGGAGGUAUAAGAAGUGGUAUUAGUAGUAGUGUUGGUGAUAAUGGUGGUGGUGGAGGUAUAAGAAGUGGUAUUAGUAGUAGUGUUGGUGAUAAUGGUGGUGGUGGAGGUAUAAGAAGUGGUAUUAGUAGUAGUGGUGAUAAUGGUGGUGGUGGAGGUAUAAGAAGUGGUAUUAGUAGUAGUGUUGGUGAUAAUGGUGGUGGUGGAGGUAUAAGAAGUGGUAUUAGUAGUAGUGGUGAUAAUGGUGGUGGUGGAGGUAUAAGAAGUGGUAUUAGUAGUAGUGUUGGUGAUAAUGGUGGUGGUGGAGGUAUAAGAAGUGGUAUUAGUGUUUGUGUUUGUGAUAAUGGUGGUGGAGGUAUAAGAAGUGGUAUUGGUAGUAGUGGUGGUGAUAAUGGUGGUGGAGGUAUAAGAAGUGGUAUUGGUAGUAGUGUUGAUAAUGGUGGUGGUUGGUAUUAA